UGACUGAAGUCCAGGUGGGAGGGGCCGGAGGUUCAAUCCUUCCGACUGACGAGUCUCUGAGACUGGCUUGUCCACCGUGGGACCGACGGGGACUGGUGGCGUCGCCGACCCUCGCUGUGCCGCGGCAGGAUUGUCUGAAGAAUCUUCACGGAAAUCUUUGCUGGCAGUCAGCGAUGGCGAGUAAGGGGCCCUCGGCCUCUGCAUCCACUGAGAAUUCCAGUGCAGGGGGGCCCAGUGGCAGCAGCAAUGGCACUGGUGAGAGUGGAGGGCAGGAUAGUACCUUCGAGUGCAACAUAUGCCUGGAUACAGCCAAGGACGCUGUCAUCAGCCUGUGUGGCCACCUCUUCUGUUGGCCGUGUUUGCAUCAGUGGUUGGAGACUAGACCUAAUAGACAAGUGUGUCCAGUUUGCAAAGCUGGAAUCAGCCGAGACAAGGUCAUCCCACUCUAUGGCAGGGGCAGCACCGGGCAGCAGGAUCCCAGAGAGAAGACUCCUCCUCGUCCUCAAGGCCAGAGGCCAGAGCCCGAAAAUAGAGGGGGAUUUCAAGGAUUUGGAUUUGGAGAUGGUGGCUUUCAGAUGUCUUUUGGAAUCGGAGCAUUUCCAUUUGGGAUAUUUGCCACAGCAUUUAACAUAAAUGACGGACGGCCUCCUCCAGCUGUCCCUGGGACACCCCAGUACGUGGAUGAGCAGUUUCUGUCACGCCUCUUCCUGUUUGUAGCCCUAGUGAUCAUGUUCUGGCUCCUGAUCGCCUAAUACAGGACCCUGUUUGCAUCUACAGCAGCACCUCUGGACUGGUGAUGUGCCACACCCACUUCUGGUGUUUGACUUGCUUAAUCCCGACCCCUGGAAUCAAGGGUCAGAAACACAUCAAGGAGUCUUGCUUCUCCAUUAGAGCUUUGGAACUCAAAAGUUGACGAGGAAUCCCCAGUUUCACCGCUGCUGUAGACACCCUCCUAUAACCUCAGGUCUUUUGUUGAAUCACCUCUCAGAGGUGACAAUGUGAAGUCCUGUUCCAGCCUUCUCAGCGGGUCCCAGCUCCAUACAGGGAAGAGAUGGGAAGAAAGAAACAGUUUUUUCACCAGAACUUUAUAUUACAGAAAUGAAGGGAUGAACCAAAUGGUAUUUAUGAAAACUUACUUUCAUCAUUUUAAAUGCCCUUGGUAAGUGGCCUCCACUCCCUCUACUGUGAGACUCUGGUCCAGAUACCAGUGCUGCUCUGUCUGCCCUCCUGCCCUCCCCUUCUCAGCAGAGACAUAAGAAUUACUGCCCCAAGAAGGCCAUAAUUGCAGCAGCAGAAGCUGAAGAUGCUAUGUGACUUUGCCGGAGACUCUGGUCUUUGAUUGGCCCUGGGUCUCAUGCAGUGUCUUGGCUCUGAAAAGCAGCUUGAAUGACCUCCUGGUUUCCUGGUUAGAUUGUCCCUGGUGUCACUUGGCUCAGAUUUCCCAUCAGCUUCCUCCUCUAGACUACUGCUGAAUUUGAACCAACUACUCUGCUUCAGAGCUUUGAUGCAGGGACAGCAGGACGAGUAGCCCUGCCCCUUGGCUGUAGAAGCCUGAGUAGUCCUCUCUCAGAACUUGCCCAGAGAAACUAGAGGCUUUCCUCAGUCAGCCCAGCUGCACAUAGAACUACCAUCCUCAGAAGCCAUUGUCCUUUUUAAAAGAGUCUGGGACAUUGAUUCCACCUGUGGUCCUGAUGUUUGUAUAGCUUGAUGGAUUUACCUGAAAACUCUUUGAAUGUGUGCUGAGCCCAGAGGCACUUGAGGCUUCUGAGCAAGCCUCCCCUGGUGAUAUGUAAAAGCAAAGGACCACAGUGGUACAGUGUGGUCUUCCUUCUUCAUUCUUCCCACACAUUGAUUUGUUCUUGAAAUUCAUAAGAUGCUUCCUCUGAACCUGAUUCUUGGAAUGUGGUACCAGGCAGGAGAAUAGUUUGCCUGCUCAGACCGUUCUUGCUCUGCCUGUGAGGCUUCAUCUUAGAAACAUCUCCUUUUGAAGACCUCAGCAGGGCAGCAAAAUGAACUUCUGCAGGACUCUUUUGUUCACUUUUCCAUCACCAUUGCCCUAGCAAUAACCAGAAACUGGGCUUUUGCCUUGCCUGGUGAUUUUUCUAGAUAGGCUCUCUAUUAUCUAUGGAAUCCUAGAUAAUAGAUUGAGGAUGGUGAAAGAGCCCUCCUCCUCCCUGCACGGUCCCCACCUGCCAAUGCCAGUGUUAGUAUCAAAAUGGAUACAGUAUGAAGUAUUGAGUAGGAGGGUGGUUUGGCAAAUCCAGCUGAUAACAAUAAGCCACCAAUUUUAUAGUGUGCUGACAGAUUUAAAAUAUGCUUUGUCACUUGGGAAUCCCCAGUCACAGGGGUGCCUGGAGUGUCUCUGUUCUAGAGAGAAUUGAUAGGAGCCCUCAGUGUAGUGUAGCCUUAAGUAGUAGAGGGAAAACUUAAACCAAUGAACACAAGAGAAAUGAAAGAAGAGUUUUAGUAGUGGAGUGAAUCAUUUGGAAUCUGGUAAAAUGGAAUGAACCCAGUGUGUACUCACCUAAGGUAUCCCAGGGCACACCAGUAGCAAAGCUGUGAUGAUGAGCUGUGUAUCCUUUGUGAACAGGGUUACACACCUGCCAGCGGCUGAGGCAGGACAGCCAACUUGGGAGUUCCCUCUCCUUUGUAGGCUAUCCCUCUGAAGGCUCACCACUCGUCCUAUGGCCAAGGCAGCUUCCCCUUCUAAGUUUGUGUGUCCUUCAGCCUCCACCUUCCUGCCACCUCAUGGACAAGGACAGUCAGAAAAUGGGAACAUAUAAGGCAGCAUACAUUGACCAGCCGCUGAUUUUCACUGUUGUGAAAGUGAUUUGAUUUAGAAUUAAAUGGUUUUACAUUGC